UGCACGUGAUAUUCUAUGGUUUUUUGACGAUGAUAGUCUCGUAUCAAUUUAAUCGCCUAAAAGUCUUUUUUUAUGUGAAUUCUCUCGAAUCUCGUAACCAACAGAUUAUCUACUUAUAAUGUCUGUUGCUGAAUUUUUAAAAGGCCUUCCGUCACACGAUGAAAAUAAUUUUGCAAAUUUUCAUACUGAUAACGGAAAUCGGACAUGUGUGAAGAGACCAUCAGUCUAUCUUCCUACUAAGGAUUAUCCUUCCGAACAAAUUAUAGUUACUGAGAAGACCACUAUUUUAUUGAGGUAUCUUCAUCAACAAUGGGAUAAAAAGAAUGCAGAUAGAAAAAGAGAGUUCUUGUCUACCAAUGGCGACUCCCAGGAUGAUGCCUCUACAGUACGCAGUAAAAGGCCACGUCUUGAUCUGAAUAACAGUCUUUGAAAUAUGUUACAUUUUGCAUACAAACAUAUAUUCUUGGAUAAUUUACACAUGACAUAAAUCAAUUCAUUGACGGACAUAUUUGGUGGUAUAAGAUUAUACAUCACUGCUUUAUUUAUGGAAGUAAAAUGUAGCAUGUUUGAUCAUAUCUUUUAGUAUUCAUUUUUUUAAUUUUAAUUAUAUAAAAAAAUUUUAUUAAAAAUCGACACGCAAGACAUGAUAAAAUAAUAUGUUUUUACGUGCGUUUUUUAUGCCAUCUAAAUUGUCAUCAUUAUUUUAAAUGUUAUUUUAAUUUUAAUUAACGUACCAAUUGUAAUUGAUACAGUAAUUGUAUUGUUUACACCGCAUGUUUUCCUUCAUAAGCAUUAUUAUUUAUUACAGGGAAAGAUUAAAUUUAUUUAAAAAAGAUAGCAUAAAUGUUGACACAAUAAGUUCA